AUGAAAACCCUAAUAAUAUGGUGCCUUGUCUCUCAAGCAAUCAUCCUAACGUGCAACUCAGGUGGCUCAGGAGGAGACGUUGAGUUUUCAAUACUCAUAAAAAACGAAAUGCACAACUUCAAAAAGCCAGCGGUUUUCUACCACUGCACAUCCUCAGAGAAAGACAUGAAAUGGCACAGAUCGGUUCCAUCGACAGAGUUUCAUUGGAACUUCAAAGUUCCAAAGUUUGGUAACGGCGUGAUGAUCCACAACUGUGAGUUCAGGUCGAGGUUAGGAACAGCAAAUAUAGAGAUCAAGACGUUGUCUACUACAGCGAUUCUAUGCGCCGGGAAUACAUGCAAAUACGUUGUUAGACGUAACGGAAUUUAUUUCAUUGGUUACGAAUUGUAUUAUCCGUUUGGAAUGUUUUUAGAAUUGUCGAGGCCUGUGGUGAAGCUAGUCGAGCCGUGGACGCCUUGGUCGCCGCAACAACUUAAAGCUUUGCACCGUACUAAGCAGUUUCAUCAAUGA